UUCAACGUAAAAUGUUCUGCGAGGCGUUUUAACUCCGGCCUUUAUUUCUAACGAUUUUUCAAUUCCGGUCAUGGCUUUUCUUUUUAAACUAUUUACCUUCUUGGCGGUGGCCGCCAUUUUGAUCCAAAUGACACUUGCACUGGAGUUUAUGGAUGAAGACUUUCUGGCAAACGAUGACGGUCAUCACUUGGACGAAGAGUCCGCUGAAGUGCCUGGUAUUUUGACUGGUUAUACCAGAGAUACGAUCGCUCACUUUAAUCCUCGCAAAGUAGAUGGGGGAUUUCGACAAUUGUGGGAACGUGUUCCCCUUCAAAAAGUCGAUGAUAUUAAGCGGAGAUAGGAAAACUUACUCAUUCCUUAUACUCGAUACUCCAGUUGAUUACCUACAAUGUGAAAAAUAUUUAAAAUUAUUAUAAUUUAAAAAAUAUUUUUAUCAUUUUUUUUUUUAAUGCUAUUUAUGAUAUUAUUUGAUAUGAAAAUAUUAAGAAAAAAAAACAUGUCAGUUAAUAUUUAUUAUACUUUUAAAUCGUAGUGGGUGGUUGGAAAGUUUGAAGCCUAUAUUAAAAGAACAUUAAUCC